GAUCGAGUCGUCAUGCCUUUUUUCUCGUCUCCACGCUGUUUCAAUGGACGCCUUCGACUUGUUUCGUAAACUCGGAGCCGGAGCGAAAUUUGAUUUCAAGAGGUUUGGUAAAGAUGCCGAACGAUUUAAGGUGGUGAGAUCUCAAGAGAAAGAUGUAUCUGACCACUAUGGGAUCGACUUUUUCGGGACCGGAACAACCCACGGCAACCAGGAGCAGAGAGCGGAGGAGAAGCAAGACGAGGAGGUAGAGGUAGAUGCUGCUGCAGGGAAAAGGAAACGACCGGAUGAGGAGAAGACUGCAAAGAAGAAAAAGAAAGAUACUCAGGCUGAAGUGGCGUGUGAGGAGACCGAGGGCAUCCUGUGGACCUCCUCUGCAGACAGGAAGUCUAAAGGCUUGAAGGAGGGGAGGGACAGAGACAAGACAUCCAUGAAGAGACUCCAACACCUCCACCAAGAGAAGGUGAACCGUGUCCGCAUGCAGCAUCGUAUCAACGUGCAUGGCUGUGACGUGCCUGACCCAGUGUGCACCUUCUCCGAGCUGCAGUCCGAGUACGACCUGAACCCGCGCGUCCUCCAGAACCUGUCAGCAGCUGGACUCACCAUACCCACGCCCAUCCAGAUGCAGGCUAUACCCCUGAUGAUGCAUGGUCGUGAGUUGUUGGCGUGUGCUCCGACAGGUUCGGGGAAGACUCUAGCGUUCUGUCUCCCUCUCCUGACACACCUGAAACAGCCUGCUAACCUCGGCAUCAGAGCUCUGGUCAUCUCUCCCACCAGGGAACUGGCCAGCCAGACCCACAGGGAGUUGGUGCGUCUGUCGGAGGGCGUCGGGUUCAGAGUUCACAUACUAGACAAGGCCUCCAUGGCAGCCAGGAAACACGUUCCCAGCUCUCACAAGAAAUCCGAUAUUCUGAUCAGUACCCCCAAUAGACUGGUGUUCCUCCUGAAGCAGGAUGCUAUAGACCUCAGCAGUGUGGAAUGGUUGGUGGUGGAUGAGAGCGAUAAGCUGUUUGAGGAUGGACGUAGUGGCUUCAGAGAGCAGCUAGCAGCAGUGUUCCAGGCGUGUUCCUCUCCGCGGGUCAGACGAGCGCUCUACAGUGCUACCUGUGCUCCAGACGUGGAACAGUGGUGUCGCCUCAACCUCGACAACCUGGUCUCUGUCAACAUUGGACACAGGAACUCUGCAGUAGAGACAGUAGAACAGGAGCUGCUGUUUGUUGGAACAGAGAACGGGAAGUUACUGGCCGUGAGGGACAUCAUCAAGAAGGGUUUCUUGCCCCCUAUGCUGGUGUUUGUCCAGUCUAUUGAUCGAGCCAGAGAGCUCUUCCAUGAGCUGGUGUACGAAGGCAUCAACGUAGACAUCAUACACGCUGACCGCACACAGCAACAGAGAGACAACGUGAUCAGUAGUUUCCGGUCGGGUGAUAUAUGGGUGUUGAUCUGUACGGCCCUGCUGGCCCGAGGUAUCGACUUUAAGGGUGUCAACCUGGUGCUGAACUACGACUUCCCUACCAGCGCUGUGGAAUACAUCCACCGUAUCG